UGCAAUUUCAAACGACUGGAAUUUGACGCAAAGCACUUCAAGUGACUUUUAAGUAGCUCAAAGCACAACCCAUAGUCAUGGCGCAGGUCUCCGCAGAAGCACGAGUCCCUUCCCCGCCGCCUCUGAGGGCGGGCAAAGGCAAAGGUCGCCGAUACGACGUCCCUCCACCACAUGCGCCAAAUCAGCAAUACGCGGUAAUUCCAGAGACGAGCUACAACAAUAAGUUCACGCCAUAUCCAUACGAUUAUAAUGCCUUGCCACCACUAUCUCCAUCUACUCCAAAGGCUGCCCUCAGCCCGAGCCCCAAGCUACUCCAAAAUCAACAAGCCGCAUCAUCUUUUAGCGAGCUGUCUUACCAGUACAGGCCGAUCGAAGAUGCAUCCAUCAGAUUGGUUAGAAUACUGCCAGAGAGAAAAACGAUGAUCAAGUGCGAGAUUAUCCAUGUUUCUCUGGAACAACCUCCUCCUUAUACGGCUAUUUCCUACACUUGGGGAGAUACCGGUGACACUCGGAAGAUCGAGAUUGAAGGUUGUUUGAUCCCGAUAGCUGUCAGCCUCCACGGAGCACUGCAAGCGCUUCGACAAAAGCACUCUUCUGUGCUGGUGUGGGCAGAUGCUCUCUGCAUCAACCAAAAGGACCGAGAUGAGCGGAGUCAGCAGGUUCAGCUCAUGCCGUUUAUCUACUCCAAUGCUGAUAACGUCGCAAUCUGGCUUGGUCCGGAAGAAAACGACAGCGCGCGAGCUGUCAGGUUUCUCGAUGCCAUAGCGACUACAGGUGAACCUUUUGAUUCCAGCAAUAUUUCUAAACUGUUAGCAGCUGGCGCCGAAAACGGUGACCUUCUGGCAGUGAUAUCACUCUUUGGGAGAGAGUACUGGAGACGAUUGUGGGUCGUCCAAGAAGUUUUCAACGCGAAAAGAAUAAUGGUUCACUGUGGCUCGACUCGCCUCGAGUGGAAGAAAUAUCAGAGUGCUUCAGUUCUAUUCAGCCAACGUCGAGGAGAGCUUAACUUCAACAAUAAAGACAAACUCAAGAGGAGACUAGUAACUUCACCUGAUCAGUUCAGCUAUGUUCAGACACUCAUCUACCAAGGGCCCGCUAGUCUACCGGAUCUCAAAUUCCACAUGUCGGAUGGCGAAGAGGCUCUUCUACAGGUGUUACGAACUUGUCGCAGAAAGCUCGCAUCUGAUCCUAGAGAUAAAUUGUACGGAAUCCUCGGCGUUUUACCAGCCAGUAUUCGAGACGAGUUCCGCGCGGACUACAAUCUCUCCGUUAAGGAUGUGUACACUGAGAUUGUCGACUUUCUUCUCAAGACGACUGAGAAGCUCGACAUUAUCUGCGAAGCAAUCCACUUCCCUGUUCACACCAGCACCGCCAACCUUCCUACAUUCGUCCCAGACUGGUCACACAUACCGCAAACAUCAGCAAUGGGCUUCAAGUACAAUUUCGCAGCUUCAGGCUCCAGCAAAGCCAUCUGCCGCUUCCGCGACGAACGCCUCAACAAGCUUGAAAUUUCAGGUCUCGAAAUCGAUAUCGUUCAAAGCAAAGGCGUCGUUGUCGGAACGCUUUGUAACCUGGGAGAUUAUCUCAUGGCGUUCCUACACUGGAGAGCGCUACUUCUUCACGCUGUGGAAGGUCGCACCAAGGAGGAAAUACAGAUGGCAGAAGAAUGUUCCGCAGCGACGAUAUGCCUCGGUCAAAUCCCAUCGGAAUAUGACCGAGGUCGAUGGCAGGCAGAGAUCUGCCAUGUCUUUGCGAACCUCUUUCGCGAUCGUCUACCGUACAUCAGGCUCGAUGAGAGACUAGCUCAUUAUUUGAAAACUGCAUCAGAGGUCAAGGCUGAAAUGAGGAGGCAUUUUCUGCAAAUUCAUUUUGGGGAUCGUAUGAUGGGGAGAUGUUUCUGUCUUACACAGAAUCGUCGGCUUGCGAUGGGAUCCGGGUUCAUGCUUGCCGGUGAUAUAAUCGUUGUGCCACUAGGUUGUUCGACGCCGAUAUUGUUGAGAGCAGAGGGGACGCAGGCUGUUGAUCAAUGGCAGGCGGGGAAGCGGCAGUUGAAGAACUCCAAAGAGUCCUACGUUAGAAUGUCUGAAUGGUGGGUGAUGUCAGGGUGUCAUGUGAUAGGACUGGAGGAUGCGGAAGCCUAUAGCAGCUUAAUUCUGGGCACCGAAAAAACCUCAUUUUUCCGAGUCUUUGCAAUACUAGUUAUCGUGGAGCGACCCGGCGAUAUUCAGGCUUUCAUAGACGCAGACUUGCAUGACGAAAGAUUUCCUCUGGUACAAGGAUCUGAGUAUCAUCUUACUGUGCAGAUUUGCAUGGCGAGGUUGGGGUGGUCUCACAUGCAGAAAGACUAUUUCAACAUUAACCAACUUCGAUCGUCGCCGAGGUUCUUUGCACUGGGGGAGGAUUACGAGGCUCAGCACUACGAUAUACCCAAAGGACAGAUGCUUCCUUGGGUAUUAUGUAGAGACAGCUAUGGAGUACACGAAGAGACACUGUCUGGGGGAUGCGGAGAGGUUGUCAAGUACAAGAUUGACUCAGAAUCACAUGGCUUUUCCCCGUUACUCGAGAAGCUUGGCUUCUAUAAUAGCUUCGUUGCCGUCAAGUCUUUGAAAAACACAAACAGGAAGAAAGGCACGUCGAACAAAGAGUUGAAAAUGCUCAAACGAUUCAGUGGCCUAAACCAUCCAAACAUCAUCACGCUUUUGGCUACAUACACUCUCAACAACCAGUUUCACUUCAUCUUUCCAGCUGCCGAAUACGAUCUACUUAUGUAUUGGAAAAUCCACCCCGGCCCGCUUGUUAACCCAGCUUCUGCCAACAGGGAAGGUCUCUUAUGGCUGUCGGGACAAAUUCGAGAUCUCUUAGCCGCCCUAGUACAUAUCCACCAAGGUCAAAAGAUUCAUCUGGAUACAGAAGCAAUGUUCGGCAGACACGGCGACAUAAAACCUGCCAAUAUCCUAUGGUUCAGGUCACGGAAGGAAAAAAGAGGCGUCUUUGUCGUUUCAGACUUUGGUAUUGCAGAUGCUCACAAAGAAGAAACCAGAUCCAUUAUUCCUGGAGCCGAUUUGCCUGUCACACCCAGGUAUCGAGCACCUGAGUGUGAUAUUCGUGAUGGCCAGAUAUCCAGAGCAUAUGAUGUGUGGAGUCUAGGCUGUGUGUUACUUGAAAUGACUUGUUGGAUCCUCGGGGCAAACGAACUCAGGGAACGAUUCAAAGAGAUCCUGGUUUCACCUUAUAUCACGGGGGUUAAGACCGAUAUAUACUUCGAUAUUCACUGGCUCGGCCCUGGAGAGGGCUACAGACUUUGGAUAAAAGAACAGAUCGUCAAGUGGAUCGGUUCUUUGCACAAUAAGCCGGGUUGCAGCCCUUACGUUCAUGAUUUGUUGGAUAUAAUACACGAAGAUAUGCUGGCCGUUGAUCAGAAUAGGAGGAAAAAAAAGCCAACUGGAGUUAGCAGCGAUAAUUUUAAACAAGGGCCAGCAUAUGUCCGAUUAGUCUCGACCAAUCUAUUAUCAUACCACCGGAAUUGCGGCAUUGGGGCAGCAGUAUUUAAUUACUCGGUGUGUCACGACUCGACGAUAGUUUUCUCCUUUGUUUCCUCUUUUGCGAAAAUUGGAUUGGCCAGUAUUGCAAAAAUGAGAUUCUCACAGUAUUUCGUGGCUUUGGGCAUGGCCUUGUCAGGCGCUGACGCCCUAACUAUCAACUCUGAUUCUUGCUUGAAGGCCGUUACUGGGGUUUCGAGCAAGACAUAUGCAUCUGACUGCAAAGCCUAUCUAUACACCACAGUGACACCCAAGAAAGCCACUAUCUAUAGAACAAAGACUGUAACAAGCAUCCCGACAGUCCGGAAAUCAGUUACAGCAAUUAGCACACAGCGCGUAACAGCCACAAGGACCAACUCUGUCGUACAGAGCGUUACCAUUGAUAUCACUACUACUGUGACAAUGGAUGGUACCAAGACAGUUACCCAGCAGACCACAAAGACAAUCACGACCACUGCUCAGAACGUCAAUCCCCCAUUCAGGAAGCGAGCAGCCAAUGCGCCUGUCAUUCCUUCUUACGCCAGCAGCGCGUGCAGCAACUCGGCCAAGUACUCCUCUGCAUGUUCUCGUGUUGGUGUAACCAGCAAAACCGUCACUCUUCCACGAACGACGAUCGUUUCAGUCAUCCACAAGGUUAUUAUUCCACGAAGGACUACGAUCAAGACUGCUAUCGCAACUGCUUAUGCCACCAAGACGGUCAAGACAGAAGUUGUCCAAGAGACCUAUACCACUGAGAAGAUCAACAAAGUUGUUGGAACGCAAGUAAAGGACAACAUUAUCGCUACUGAGACCAAGACCGAGAUCAGCACCAAGACCGAGGCGGCCGAUCCACUGGAAACAAUCUACCUUAUCGCACACGACAGCGGUGAUCCCAACCUUGCCCCCAUCGGCGGUGUUGGUUUCACCAACCUAGAGAGCCAAAUCGGCACUGGAAAAUACUUCCUUGACUUCACCGCCGACGUAUCUUCCGACUUGACCUUCACCCUCAACCAACGCACAGGCGAAAUCAAACCCGUCAACGGGCCUGGAAGUUCCAAUGGAAAGAGUGCUUACUCCAACGUCAACGGAAACUCAGACAACUACGUGCGUGUCAUGUCGACCGAGGAAGCGACAGCGAAUCAGGCCAACAUCUUGGUCUGCAAGAUUAUCCCGGCGACUUCGUACCCCUUGGGCCUUCAGUGUUUGUGGGGGACUAAUCAAAUUGCCGAGUUUUGGACAUGCUCUUCACGAUUGGUCCUUGUUCAGCCGGGAGUCGAUUUCACGAGUCAGUGUACGGGUGGUUCUACCUCUUACAACAUUAACAUAGAGGUCCGCUUGGCUUAG